ACUCUACUCCUCACAAUAAUACGAGGAUUUUCCAUAAACAGCCCUAAUCGUAUCCAGUCUCACAAAUCAGAUCCAAUACAACUUCUGGGUUCCCGAGAUCAGCGCAGGCCUGCACCCUUACGUAACAGCGUUGAAUCCCUUUUUGAAUUAAUUGCCAUCGAUGACGUUUCAUGCGUGCUCCUUUGCUGCAUUCUCUAGUAGUAGUGUGGAUCCAGCCAGGGGCAGUAGAUCACUCGUUACAGUUCGCAGCGGCUUCUAAGGUUACGAUUGCCAUUUUGGCUCCACCGCGGUGUCGUCAAGGGAGGAGCCGCGCCGAGCUGCUGCUUCUGCGGGGCGCAGAGCUCAGCGUUCAGCCCGGGCUUGAGCCAAGAUGUCUGGUGCUGCAGCUCGAAGCGAGCAGCCUAGCCUAACCCUUUUUCCACAUUGGGGGGGAGGAGGAGGGAUCCUUGAGUCCUGUCGCGCAACUACAGUAGACUAGAGGCUGUACUUUUCGACUUGCUCUGUCGGGAGUCUGGGCAGUAGUGAUCUACGGGAGGAUAGUCAGAAAUAGCCUUCAAAUGCGAUUAGGUAUGACGGAUAGUGGCGAAGGGUUUCCGAGGCACUGUGCGUAAAGAUGAGGAUUCCUCCAGUGUGGGCGCUAGGCGCUUGCCAGACUGGAUGAAGUGAACGCGGAAGCAGGGAGAGGGAGAGAGAGAGAGAGAGAGAGAGAGAGAGAGAGAGAGAGACCCGUAAACAGCCUGCCGAAAGCAACAGCUCCACCACCUGCGAUUGCUCUGGAGGACCUCAGCGCAGGUUCAGCCCGGCGGCGGUGGCAGCAGCGUGGAGCCCCCUGACACAUGGAGAAUUACUUCCAGGCCGAGGGCUUCAACCUGGACAAGGUGCUGGACGAGUUUGAGCAGAACGAAGAUGAGACGGACGCCCCUAGUCUCUCGGACUCCAAGUGGACCCAGAUCCUGGCGCCGCCGGCCCACCUGCUCUCCCUGAACCCGGCGCUGGCCCACGCCGACCUGAGCCCCCGGGAGAGCCCCCUGCCCUUCAAGGCUCCGCCCCCCGACACCGCCCCCACCUGCUCCCGAGGGGGCGGCGGCGGCGAGCCCAAGCUCCUCCUCUCCGCCGGGGCUCCGCCCUGGGGCGAGGCGCGGCCCCCGGACGUCCACAGCCCCCCCCUCCCCCAGCCCAACAUCGGGAAGCUGGUGGGCGCCGAGGAGCCGCCAUGCUCCGCCGCCGCCGCCGCCGCGGGGAACGGCCACGGCGAGGGGGACGACGCCGGCCCUGAGCUCGACGGCCGCGCCCCUCGGACCGGGGGAGGGUCCCGCCUCGGCUACACCCGCUUCACCUUCGAGGACGAGCCGGAGCCGCGCCCGGCGCCGCCGGUGGCGGCGGCGGAGUCGUCCGAGCGGCGGGAUCCCAGGGGGGACGCCGCGAGGAACGCUCCGGAAGGACCAGAGGGCGGCGGCCUCCAGAACGGAGGAGCGGUCGUGACUCGGGGCGGGGGUGGGGAGGAGGAGGAGGGGGAGGAGGAGGAGGAGGAGGAGGAGGAGGAGGUUGCCCUGGAUGGGGGCUCUGAUCAUCCAGCACAGGAGGCGGAGAUGAUGAUGAGCCGUCGUCACGGCGACCGCCUCUCCGUCCCACCGGGCCUCGGCAACGGGGUGGGGCCAGAGGGGAACGGGCGGGGCGGGCGCUACGAGGAAGAGGAGGAGGAGGAAGAGGAGAGGAGGGGCCUCACUCCGAGCCCCGUCCCCUCCAAGGAGGACUCUGUGACGGAGGAGAAGGAGAUCGAGGAGAGCAAGCAGGAGGGCGCCGAGGGCGCGCCCCCCCCCCCCCCCGUCGCCCAGCUCAACAACAACCGGCUGCAGCCGGUCAGCGUGCCGUACGGCGGCGCCCGGCCCAAGCAGCCCGUCAGCCUCAAGCUCCAGAUCCCGCGGGCCGACGGCCCGGCCCCGGCGCACAACACACUGGGCCCCUCCCCCACCGGCAAGAACAAGAACCUGGACAGCCAGGGGGGCGGCCGCGUGCCGGGCCCCGCCCCCGACACGGCGUCGAGCGCCGAGUCGGACCGGGGCGCGGCGACGACGCCGUCGACACCGCCGCCGCCGCCGGAGGUCAACGGAGACCGCUCCGGCUCCCCCGCCCCCUCCGCCGCCCGGAGCCCCGACAACGACGUCCAGGCGGGCCAGCAGGGGGCGCUGUCCCGGAGGCCGACCGCCCCGCUGGGGGAGGUGGCGCCCGUGUGGGUGCCCGACUCCCAGGCCCCCGCGUGCAUGAAGUGCGACGUCAAGUUCACCUUCACCAAGCGCCGGCACCACUGCAGAGCCUGCGGCAAGGUGUUCUGUGCGGCCUGCUGCAGUCUGAAAGGCAGGCUGGUGUACAUGGACAUGAAGGAGGCCCGGGUUUGUGUCACCUGCCAUUCGGCUCUCAUGAGUGCCCAAGCGUGGAGGUGCGUGGCGGCAGCUAGCGGCGUUAGCGGUUAUGGCGGCCAGGCCCAGCCCAACCCCAACAACCCGUCCGAGUACUGCUCCACCGUCCCCCCCCUGCAGCAGGCCCAGGCCUCUGGGGCGCUGGGCUCCCCCCCGCCCACUGUCAUGGUGCCCGUGGGAGUCCUCAAGCCGGCCUGCUCCGAGGGGCUGCUGACGCGGGAGCAGAGGAGGGUGUGGUUCGCCGACGGACUCCUCCCCAACGGGGACGGCACAGAGUCGUCCAAGACCCCCCCCAAACCAGUCCCGGACCCUGCGUCGUCUCGGCCCGCGGCCGGCUCCCUGUUCUCCACCAAAUGUACCCCUCGGACGCCUCGGAGUCCCUCCCCCCCCCCCCACCCCCUCUCUCUCUCCCCAGGUAACGUCCUGGCCCACCUGAGUCACUCGUUCUUCACCCAGAGCUUCCUGGGCAGCCGAGAGCACGGCGGCUUCCUGUACGUCAGCCCCUCCUUCCAGUCCCUGCAGGAGCUGCUGCUGCCCAACCCGCCCUACCUCUUCGGCAUUCUCAUCCAGAAGUGGGAGACGCCCUGGGCCAAGGUGUUCCCCAUCCGACUCCUGCUGCGGCUGGGGGCGGAGUACCGAUUCUAUCCGUGCCCGCUGUUCAGCGUGCGAUACAGGAAACCCUUGUUUGGAGAGACCGGCCACACCAUCAUGAAUCUUUUAGCAGACUUCCGUAACUACCAGUACACUCUGCCCGUGGUGAAGGGACUAGUGGUGGACAUGGAGGUGAAGAAGACCUGCAUCAAAAUCCCAAGCAACCGUUAUAACGAGCUGAUGAAGGCCAUGAACAAAUCCAACGAGCACGUGCUGGCCAUGGCCGCGUGCUUCAACGACCGCGCCGACUCCCAUCUGGUGUGCGUCCAGAACGACGACGGCAACUACCAGACGCAGGCCAUCAGCAUCCACCACCAGCCGCGCAAAGUCACUGGCGCCUGCUUCUUUGUGUUCAGCGGGGCUCUGAAAGCGUCGUCGGGCUACCUGGCCAAGACCAGCAUCGUGGAAGACGGCGUGAUGGUCCAGAUCACCGCGGAGACCAUGGACUCGCUACGGCAGGCGCUGAGGGACAUGAAGGACUACACGGUGGCGUGCGGCAAGGCGGGCCAGGAGGAGAACCAGGAGCACGUCCACAUCCAGUGGACCGAGGACGACCACAACUUCAACAAGGGCGUGAUCAGCCCCAUCGACGGGAGGUCCAUGGAGUCCAUCACCAGCGUCAAGGUCUUCCACGGCUCUGAGGUCAAGUCCAACGGCAAGGUCAUCCGCUGGACCGAGGUGUUCUUCCUGCGGAGCGAGGACCACCCGGGGGGGUGUCUGGGCGACCCGGCCGACCACAGCCGGCUGACGGAGAACGUGGCGCGGGCCUUCUGCACCGCGCUGGGACCCCACCUCAAGCUGCUGAAGGAGGACGGCAUGGCCAAGCUGGGCCUGAGGGUCACCCUGGACACGGACCAGGUGGGCUACCUGGCAGGCAGCAACGGCCAGCCCCUGCUGCCCCAGUACCUCAGCCACCUGGACAGCACCCUCAUCCCCGUCAUCCACGGAGGCGCCUGCCAGCUCAGCGAGGGCCCCGUCGUCAUGGAGCUCGUCUUCUACAUCCUGGAGAUCAUCUCCUAGGCAACGGCCGUCCCGGGGCCUCUUUGUUUGUUCCCAGCUGUCUCUUCUAGACGCAACCGGGACCCCCUGGACCACGUGUGGGGUCCCCAACGCCCCCUUUAAACGCCUUGGUUUGCCCCCCCUCGUUGGAAAGGGUCACGGAGCCGGCACUGACUAGAGGAGGUCGUCAUGCCAACGCCAUCGCUCCUCGUGCAUUCUGACUGUACAGACCCUCAGACCGGAGCGGGGGGGGGGGGGGGGGGGCUCGGACUCAUGUGUUUUUGGGAUCCGGUUGGGCCUGGUUUGCGAGGAAGGCCGGACCUAUUGGAAAGCGCUUGUUUCAGUUUGAACCCGCUUAAGUCGAUUUGCCUUGGAGGCGGUUCAGCUAAGCCGCGGCGACCGCACAGGUCACGGGAGAGCUUCUCUGCCCGUCAUCUGAUAUAUUAUUGUCAUAUAUAUAUAUAUACAUAAAUAUAUGUAUAUUUUUUAACUUAUUGUAGCAACACAGGGCCGACCACCAUCCACCUGGGUUGUGAACAGGAUAAAACGCUACAAGCAGUCACAGAGACUUUCUGACUCAGGUUUGCACUCCCUCUUCCCCCCCCCCUCCCAUAACGUUUUAAGUUCCACUGUGGGAGCCCAUCUGUGAAGACCCCCUCCCUGGUAGCAACAGCAGACCCUCUGGAUCUCCAGAGGGGGGCAGCGUAGCCACUGUCCAGCCCUCUGGUCAUCGUCCAUCCAUGAAUAUCAGGAGGAUCAGAGAUGAUGAUAAACCACCGCUGCAAGAGCACACGAGAGGGACCAGAACAAGUGCCUGUGCGUGUGCGUGUGCGUGUGCGUGUGCGUGUGCGUGUGUGUGUGUGUGCGUGCCGGUGGCGUGUCUUCUCCUGCACCGCGGUGCUCAGUGCCUGCAGCGAGCCGCUCUAUCAGAACCACGAGAACCUUCAGACUAACCCGGGCUUCACUCCUCCGACACAGGCUUUGUUUUUCCCCGGACGUCCGCAACGCGCCCGCGUUCUUUGGAUUUAGCGUGUACAUAUUCUGUAGCCUCAGGGGGGUACCUCCUCGGAUGAACCAGAGUUAGGAGGGGAUGCUGCAAAGCGGUCCGGGACACUGGAGGCCCGGCCUGUGCUGGGAGGGUCGUCUUCAGACUGUAAAGGCCUUCUCCGGGGUCCUGUACGACCGGUCGGCUCACGUCAGCAACAACAAAAGCUCUCCAUGCUUUGUCAACUCGACUGUGUGACGCCAAGCAGGACCAACGCCAGUCACGUGGUCCACUUUCUGAGCCUGGGUUCUCCACAUCAAGCUGAAGGCCACUCAAAGCAGUGAGCCUGUGUGUUUCCAUGCUGUGACCUCGUCCCAUGCAUGCAGCUUCUCGCAGAAGGACCGAACUUGUGCAAGCUGGGAGUUGAGGGUGGGAGGGGCUUGAAGUGUGUGGGGGGGGGGGGGGGGGGGGGCCAUAACUCCCUGCUAGCAUCAACGGCAGGACUGCAGUUGGAAUGGACUCUCGCCGCCUCGUUUUGUUUGUCGACAUUUCAGUCAAACAGAUGUUCUUUGUUUCAACACUUCCUAAUCAUACAAAGAAAAUAACUGUCAAAAGCGUAAGGAUUAUUAUAAAUAUCUAUAUAAAUAUCUAUACAUGUGUGUGUGUGUGUGUGUGUGUGUGUGUGUGUAAAAUGCAAAAGCAGUGCACUGGAUUCUAAGCCAUUUUACAGGAGAGAUAAAGACUUCAGGCUGAGGGAGCCGGGCAGCCUGGGCCUUCAUCCUGUAGAACGGGGGGGGGGGGGUGUUGGAGGGAGUGUUGAUGGGCUCCAUGGUAAACCUUAGGUUACCGCUUUGACAGGUUUAUAAAGCCCCCCGAUAACUCCACAUCCCGGGCGCUGAGUUCCUGGGGAUGCACGGGGGCGAGGGAUGACACCAUCUCGCCUGGUCGCUCAACAUCAGCUUGGCCCGCAUACACACAUGUAGUCAGACUUUGACAACAUUUGGCCAUUUAAAAACCCAACCCCCCCAAAGCAAUAGGAACCCUGUAGAUCUGGGAAACGCUUUAAGGCUUCAGUCUUUUAAGUCUGCAUGUGGGACGUCCAAAAUCAACCACCCCAAUAACCCUCAAUUCUACACGGGCAGAGGUCUGGCCUAUCUUCUGCUUCAAUACCAUGGACCUGAUAGAAAACAAGAAUGUAUUUGUCCUUUUGCAGUAAACAAUUAUCUGUAAAACCUUUGUUUUGUGGGCAAACCCUGGCUGAAGUCUGGGUGUCAUCGUGUGUACUGCAUCUCCUCUCAUGUCCACCAUCACACAAGGGAAUCUACAGUGGACAAAACGUAGCCCAACAGCAAUCCACAGGGAAAGGUAUUGUGAAGCAUUUUACUAUAUAGUAAUCGUCAUGUUGUCUCCACGAAAUGAAAGUCCACCUGCUAUCCGCAGCAUCCAAGACAAUCACGUGAAGAACUGCAGAAGAGCCAACGCCUUGACGUGCGCACCCUGUCGCGCCACCCUAGUCUCCGCCUCUCAUCUCCGCCCAAUCGGUGACCUGGACCGUAGCAGAACACGACGGAACACGGACGGCUACCAAUGAGGUGAAAGGAUUAUUGUACAAGGGGUCAAAGGUCAAGAGCGAUGGUUCACUGGUCGUGUGUCCUCUAACCCCCCCACCUGGCCGGGCUGCAGUCGGGAUCAGUCACUGUGUCUCCUCCACUGGGAUGAGCUUACAGCAGCCGGCCACAAGGAGUCCGACUUGGUUUGUUUUUUUACAUUGGCAGAAUCUGGACCGGGAAUAGUGUGGACUUAAUCUAUUUUUCAAUCCUUCCCAACCCUGUAUUUUUUUUUUAUGUUUUUUGGAAACUUUGUUACCUUAUUUUAGCGUUUAUCUGAUUUGUGCAAUAUCCCAACACCUUUUUAAAAGGUGCGAUUUUAUUUAGUCAUGAGUAGCCUUUUAUACAAUCCAGUUGGAGGUCGUAUCCGGAUUGAGAAAGCUGCAUGCAUGCAUUAACAAAAGAGCUGGCCAUGGUGAAGAGCUAUUCAACCUUGCAUCUUGAUAAUAUUUGUACAUUGUGGAUCAAAUGUAAAAUCAAAAGUCAACCAAUCCAGGCAAUCCCUCCAAAUGACUGGGUGUUGUUAAAAUCGUCUUUAUUUUAUUCAUCUUUGACAUCAGUCAAGAAGAACUGUACGAUAAGCCAAAAAAACCUAAACAUGUUGAUCUCAUUACACUACAAACAUCUUCAAUCGCAGUCUUUAGCAAAAUAAACAUGUAGUAUAUGUAUAAUAAAGACUUAUACAAAAUUGAGAA